AUGAGCAGCGGCGGCGUCAAGAGCAGGAACUUCCGCCGUCGGUCAGAGGAUGACGCCAAUGGAGAAGAGACGGCUCCAUCUUCCACCACUGCGGCGGCCGCCUCCACAUCUGGUGGCGGUAAGGGCGGGUCUACCGUCCAGACCCACACCCGUCCCGUAGUUAGCAAGCCCAGGAGCCUCCUCAGCUUCGCUGAUGACGAGGAGGGCCCAGUUCGCCGUUCCACCACGUCCAGGCCAACCUCCUCAUCUGCCGCCUCUUCCAGGCAUGCAUCUGUCCACAGAAUCACCUCUUCCAAGGACCGUGCUGCUGCCUCCCUCCCCAAAGUCUCCAGUCUGCAGCCUCAGACCGGGGAGUACACCAAGGAGAAGCUCCUCGAGCUCCAGAAGAACGCUCGGCCUCUUGGCAGUUUGCCUAAGUCGGCAGCCCCGCUGUCUUCAUUAUCUAUCCCUGUUGAACCGCCCAAACCGGCCAAAGCUGAAACCCCUGCCGAACCAGUCAUUGUUCUCAAGGGCCUUGAGGGACUCGUGAAAACAGUUGCAAUGCAGAAAGAGAAUGCGCCGGCAGUGCUGCCACCGCCACCGUCGCCUCAGCAAGAGAUGGAGGAGGAGAUGGCGCAACUGGACCAAGUGGAUGUGAAGGGCGAUGCAGCGAAUCGCAGGUUUGCAGGAUUGGACAUCAACGGGAAAGGCAAGGAUUCAUCUCCGAUACCUAACCAGGCCACGAUUAAUGCCAUUAGAGCGAAGAGGGAGCGGCUUCGUCAGUCUCGUGGUGCAGCGCCAGAUUACAUUUCCUUGGAUAGUGGCGCAGGACCUAGUGCUUCUUGUGGAUCUAGCGAUGAAGAAGAUCAUGACUUUCGUGGCAGGAUUUCUUUGCUUGGUGACAAAGAGGAGCAUGCAUCUAGGAAGGGUGUUUUUGAGAGCACUGUGGAGAAGACUGUUGAGGUGGAGAAGUUUGCUGUGGUGGCGGAUGUCAGAGAGGUAAUCGAUGAAGAAGAUGAGGAGGAGAGAAUAUGGGAGGAAGAGCAGUUCAGGAAAGGGUUAGGCAAGAGAUUUGAUGAGGCGUCAUCUGGCAAGCCUAUCAAUGGCCCCAUGCCGGCCCCCAUCAUCCAGUCGCAACCUGCUGUUUAUGCUGAAGCUUCUCUUCUGAAUGUCUCAAAGAGUCUGUCACUUGAUGCUGCCUAUGGUUUUUCAAAAAGUGCAGAGACCAUGUCCAUUUCCCAACAGGCGGAGGUUGCUACUCGAGCGCUCCGAGAGGGCAUUGGCAAGCUCAAGGAAGCACACAGUAGGACCCUGUCAUCUCUCGUGAGAACAGAUGAUAACUUGUCCGAGGCCUUAACAAAUAUCACCACUCUUGAGAAGUCUCUGUCAGAUGCAGAUGCGAAGUUCGUUUUUAUGCAAAAGCUCCGGGACUUCAUCUCCAUCAUGUGCAGUUUCUUACAGGACAAGGCGCCAUACAUUGAGGAACUGGAGGAGCAGAUGCAGACGCUCCAUGAAGAUAGAGCAUCGGCCAUUAGAGAAAGGAGGGACGCUGACAAUGCAGAUGAGAUGGCCGAAGUAGAGGCUGCAGUUAGUGCAGCAACGUCUGUGCUUAGCAGAGGCUCUUCAGCAGCUCUGGUCUCUGCUGCCGCCUCUGCAGCUCUGGCUGCUUCCGCUGCUGCAAAGGAAAGUUUGAAUCUCGCGGUCCAGCUUGAUGAGUUUGGGCGGGAUUUGAAUCGACAAAAGCGUCUUGACAUGGAACGGAGGGCUGAAGCCAGAAAGCGCAGGAAAGUUCAUUCUGAAUCCAAGAGGCUGUCAUCCACUGCAACUGAUACUACGUACGACCACAUAGAAGGAGAAUUGAGCACUGAUGAGAGUGAUAGUGAAGCUGGUGCGUACUCAUCAAGCAGAGAGGAAUUGCUUCAGACUGCAGAACUCGUUUUCAGUGAUGCAGCGGAAGAGUACUCUAAACUUUCUGUGGUUAAAGGACGGUUUGAAGAAUGGAAGAAGCUUUAUUCCAUGACCUAUCGGGAUGCAUACAUGUCUUUAAGUCUACCCCAUAUAUUCUCGCCAUACAUGAGACUGGAGCUUCUGAAGUGGGAUCCGCUCCACAAGCAGUCAGAUUUCUGCGAUAUGCAGUGGCAUGAUCAACUCUUCACUUAUGGGCUGCAGGAAAAUAAAGAAAGUUUUGACCCGAAUGAUCCCGACGCCAAUCUCAUUCCAGAUCUAGUGGAACAGGUAGCCCUUCCUAUAUUGCAUCAUGAAAUAAAAUAUUGCUGGGACAUCCUAAGCACUCGGAUGACAGAAAAUGCAGUUUUCGCUACCAACCUGGUCAUCAGCUAUCUUCAACCGUCCAGCAAGAAACUGGCGGAACUGGUCACCGAGGUUCGGAGUCGCCUCUCUGAGGCUAUCGAGAGUCUCAGCGUGCCCACCUGGAGUGCUUCAGUCAUAAGAGCCGUUCCCGAUGCAGCACGAAUUGCAGCAUACCGUUUUGGGAGGUCUGUCCGUUUACUGAAGAAUAUCUGUCUGUGGAAAGAUGUCCUCUCGGCGUCAAUACUGCAGGAGCUUGCUCUGGAUGCGCUCCUGGCCAGAAAAGUUGUUCCCCAUCUUAGAAGUGUGAUGCCCAAUUUACACGAUGCAAUCACCAGGACAGAGAGGGUGAUUUCUUCGCUAUCGGGCGUCUGGUCUGGCUCAGGCGUCACGGGAGACCAGAGUCAGAAGCUGCAGCUGCUGGUGGAGUGCGUGAUGGAAAUAGGGAGGAGGCUUGAGAAGAGGCUGGCAUCGGGCAUUGAAGAUGAUACUGUUGGGCUUGCCCGUCGUGUGAAGAAGAUGUUGGUUGGGCUCAACGAGUAUGAUAAGGCGAGGGCGAUUCUGAGGACCUUCAAGCUCAAGGAGGCGCUUUAA